AUGCGCGGGGCCGGACUCGCAGCUCUCGUCGAUCACUGCGGAGCUUCACUCACUCACUUAAGCCUCACAGAUUGCCCACAACUUGGUGACUGGGUGCUGCGUCGAUGUCUGUACGCUUCGCCAAAACUUACACACCUCAACCUUUCACGGUGCCCUCAAGUGGGCGACGCGUUGAUCGAAACACUAGCAGCGCAGUGUCCGCUGUUGCGUAAACUUGAGUUGAGUGGCUGUAUCCAAGUGUCCGACCGCGGCGUGGUACGUAUCGCCCGCAGUAGCCCCCAUCUCGAGUAUAUCGCGCUGGACCGACCCAUCAGCGUCCGAGGCGGGGAGCAACUCACCGAUUCAUCGUGUUCGGCUUUAGGCGAGUACUGUCCCAACCUCCGUGUUGUGUCGCUGGCGGGGAAUAGCGCUCUGACGGACGCUGGCGUGCAGUGGAUGGCGUCCCGCUGCGCGCAACUUGCGCGACUUGAUCUUACUGGAGCCAUUGGACUCACCGACGCAACUUGUGCAGCGUUGGGCGCGGGAUGUCCGGAGCUGCGCGUUCUUCGGAUAAAUGGCGUCAAGGGGAUUUCCGACGUCGGGUUGAGGCUCCUUGCUGCAGGCUGCGCGAAGCUGGAGCUGCUACACGCUGCCAACUUGUACCUCGUGUCGGACGGUAGCAACCGCGACUUCGGUCUUGAAGGUCUUCGAGCUAUCGCAAGUCGGUGUCCGGAGCUUCAGGAUCUCAAUCUGAGUGGGUGUUUCCAGCUUCAAGAGCGCGCACUUGUGGCCAUCGGAGCGAGUUGCCCUGCGCUGCGUCGACUGAGUCUCCAGGCGUGUCCUGAGGUCACACUCGCUGCCGGCACUGCUGUGCUCAAAGGCUGUCAGAAGUUGACGAGGCUGGAUAUCUCGGGUGUAAGGCGAUGCGAUGACCGCAUGCUGCGAGCCGUAGCCAAGCACGGAGUCGCCAUAACCCAGCUCGUAGUCGCAGGCUGUGAUCGUGUGGGCGACGCCGGACUCCGUUAUCUCGCAGGGGCUCGCGCGGAUCAACUGGAACUCCUGGACUUCUCGGGGUGCCGACUAAUCUCAGAUGCCGGUAUCAACGCGCUUUGCGACGCGUUCCAGCGGCCAAAGCUCGCCCAUUUAGUGCUGGCAGACUGCCCCCUCAUCACGCAAGACCCCAUUGCUCGUCUUGCAUUCGCGUGUCCGCAGCUUCUAACCCUUAGCGUUCACGGUUGUCGGGUAUCUGCUCGCGUGCUUCAAAGUCUCAGCUCAUCGUGGCCAUUCGGUGAACUCCACUUACCCCCCGCUGGCACCCAAACAGGGAGCAAUACACACGUGGGGGUCUUCCCCGCUCCGAGAGCUAAGGAUCGGCGGUACGUUGCCGAGUUCUGCACGCUGUGGGCCGCCGCUGCUACUAUCCAGGUACUUGGAGUUUCUUGA